GCUUCUAAUAAGUAUUUGGAUUAUGUGAAACUCACCAUCGAAACCAUUCAUCGGUUCGGAGGGAAACAGUGAGCCUGACUGAGUUUUUUAAGAGUUCUUCGCUGCCGUGCGUCAAAUUAGUGGCAACACGCGCUCAACAUGUGUCAGGUGGAUGAGGAUGAUUUGGAGAAGGUUUCUGCUCCUGCGCCUGUCUUAACGCUGGCCGACAAGAAACAGAUUUGUGUCAAAUGCGGUGAAGAAGCGGUUAUUCAUUUGCGGGAUGAGGAUUCCAAGUGUGGCAAAUGCUUUAUUCACUCUGUAAUACAGAAAUUCCGGACAGUUCUGUCAAAAUACCAGAUUUCGAAGUGCCGGGAACGAAUUCUGGUGGCUGUGACUGGUGGAGCCGCUUCUUCCACUCUUCUUCAAUUAAUUCAGGAAGCCACUGGGGCGUCCCACCAUAGCCGGCUGUAUUUCGUACCAGUUGUUAUCCAUAUCGAUGAAUCGAUUGGCGACUCUAGCGCAAGUGAUACUUCCUCUUCCGAAAGAAUUCAAAGUGUUUUAGCUGUUGCCGAGAAAAUAAAUCAGUCCUGGGAUCGACUGUAUUCUACUUCGGACAUGGUUUUCGCCAACGAAACGGAACCUUGCUCUUUUACUCUGCCGGAAGAUACUGGAAUGUCAAAGCAACACUGUUCGUAUCGUAAUCGACUUCACUCACUUCUAGAUUCUGUGCGUUCCAGUACUGCUAAAGAAGAACUGAUUAAACUCCUCAGGUUGAAGUUACUAAAACGUAUUGGAAAACAGUUGGCCAUUACAAAAAUUUUUGUUGGUGACUGUGUUGACCGCUUGGCGGUGCAGUUGAUCACGAAUACAGCACUGGGCAAAGGCAAACAUCUCCCCAUCGAUCUGGGAUAUGUAGACUCUCGGGAUCCUGACUUCGCGAUUAUCCGACCUUUGAAGGAAAUCACUAUGAAGGAAAUUCUAAUGUUCAGUCAGCUGAACCAUGUUGCAACCCUUCAGGGAUCAUCAACUUCCGAGCAGAAAUCGACUGUGUUCGGAAUGACUAGAAGUUUCGUUUCCGACUUACAGCAAGAGUUCCCACAGACUGUGACAACGUUAUGUAAAACGGCUGAUAAGUUGGCUGUUUCCAAAAUUGUUGGCAAUAGUCGACAGGAUCUGCUCUGUGAUAUAUGUGCGGGCCCGGUUGAUUCAAGUGCAUCCAGUAACUCGUCUUGUACUGCGGAAGGAUCUAUAGUGCUGUCCUUGAAGCUUACGUCGUCUGUGGAUAUGGAAAACGCAUUCAGCCAAGAUAACACUUGCGCACGAACAGAUGCUGCCUGCCAGUCAGAAGAUAAAGAAUCGGGGAAUUGUUGCCAGACUUCCAAGAAACCGGUGGCAAACCUGUGCUAUUUCUGUCGAUGGAUGCUCAGUGAAAUGAAAGAUCCGGAACUGUUGCCGGCAACAUUUAGUAUGCCGGCAUCUUUGGAGAAUCGACGACAGCAGAUGCGCGAAUCCAUUCAGGAGUUCCUUUUAGACGAUGCUGAAGAUGUCUGAAUUGGCCUUUUAGAAUUUGUAUUUUGUUACAGUUACAUGUACGCCAUAUAGGCCACCGUCACAGGACCAACCAGUACGCCUUUUGUGAAUAAAACAACGGCUUUCACAAUACGGUUUCUCUCCCGUUUCACACUCAGGGGAUAUGCUGAAAGAAGGGCAUAGACAUUUGAGCUCGAACGAGAUUGGGCACUUUGUGCUGUGUUCACAGAGAAUACCACUUAAUUGUUUGGGGUAACGAAACGCCAGGAAAAAAUGCCAGCGUGAUUUUAUGCAAGUUAUGUUCUGUGAGAAAUUGAAGCCGGCAGGUUGCUGUUUCAAGGGCUUUCAGUUGGUGUGCCAGCUUCCUUCUGCUCAUCCUCGGCGGCGGUUUUAGCAAUGGCCAAGAGGAUCAUUGUCAGUUCUUUCUGGUUGAUUUUUCCAUCGUGAUUGAUGUCACAGCCCUUGAUAAUUGCAUCAUAAAAGGCCUCCAAAUCGUCCAUGUCGUACUCCGAUUUGGCGA